AAACCCUAAUUACUAUAUAAAGCAUCCCCUAUUGUUGCAUCCACAUAUCAAAGUGCACACUUAAUUAAUACACCAAAUCAUAUAUCCAUGGCUAGAAUGUUGCUUCUUUGUUCAAGGAUGGUUUUCAUGAUGGCGAUGACAUUGGGUAGUUUUAGCACUAAUAUUGCUGAGGCUGCUCGGGCUUUCUUCGUCUUUGGAGAUUCACUGGUCGACAACGGCAACAACAACUACUUGGCAACCACUGCCCGAGCUGACUCCCCUCCCUACGGCAUUGAUUACCCAACUCAUCGCCCCACAGGCCGAUUCUCUAAUGGCCGAAAUAUUCCUGAUUUUAUCAGUGAGCAAAUUGGCUCGGAACCCACGUUGCCAUACCUGAGCCCGGAGCUCAGUGGACAAAGACUACUCAUUGGCGCCAACUUUGCUUCUGCUGGCAUUGGAAUUCUGAAUGACACUGGAAUUCAGUUCAUAAACAUAAUAAGAAUGUUCAGACAGCUUGAAUACUUCCAAGAGUACCAGCGACGAGUGGCUGCAAUUAUUGGUGAUCAGCGAGCUAAGCAACUGGUUAAUCAAGCACUCGUCCUCAUUACUGUUGGUGGUAACGAUUUUGUGAACAACUACUACUUGGUACCUUACUCUGCCAGAUCUGCCCAGUACUCUCUUCCAGAUUAUGUCAAGUAUCUCAUUUCCGAGUACCAAAAGAUUCUUCAGAAGCUAUAUGAUCUUGGAGCACGUAGGGUUCUGGUGACAGGGACAGGACCGAUGGGUUGCGUUCCGGCAGAAUUGGCGCUGCGAAGCACAAAUGGGCAAUGCUCAGCUGAGCUGCAAAGGGCUGCGUCCUUGUUCAACCCGCAACUCGUUCAGAUGCUAAGUGGGCUCAACAGUAGGAUUGGUUCGGAUGUUUUUGUCGGUGUUAAUACACAGCAAAUACACAAUGAUUUCAUCCAUAAUCCUCAAAGCUUUGGAUUUGUUACAUCGAAGGUAGCAUGCUGUGGGCAAGGACCCUAUAAUGGUCUUGGACUCUGUACACCAGCAUCCACCUUAUGCCCAAACAGAGACAUUUAUGCAUUUUGGGAUGCAUUCCAUCCAUCUGAAAGGGCAAACGGGCUCAUUGUUCAGCAGAUCGUAAGUGGCUCUACCGAAUACAUGCACCCCAUGAAUCUCAGCACCAUCAUGGCCUUGGACUCCAGGAACUAAUUAACUAUUUGUGUUAGCUGGAAAACCAUGCAGCAUCGAUCCUUUAUAUAAUUAACUAUAUAAUAUAAUUAUGUUUAAUUUGCGAUUCAUGCAUGUUGUCUUAUGUUUGGAAUAUUAAUGUAAUGAAAAAUUCAGACUGAAGUUGCAAA